AUGGGGAAGGAGAACAAAGGUCCACGAGCGUUGUCACAGAUCACAACCCCGCUGCAGCUGCCCCCCAACGUGACGGGGCUGUCGGACAAGCUGUCCUACAUCCUCACGGUGGAGGGGAAGCCAUACACCAUCCACCUUGAGAAGCAUCUCUUUAUACCUGAGGAUUUUAGGAUUUAUGUGUCAGAUGAGACAGGAUCCUCGAUGGCUGAUUUGACCCGUAUCAAGGGCGACUGCUACUACCGUGGCUCCAUCGAGGGCAUCCCUGGUUCAGCAGUGACCCUCAGCACCUGUGCAGGGCUCAGGGGCCUGCUGCAAUUCCACAACGCCAGCUUUGGGAUCGAACCUCUGGGCUCCUCUCCCACCUUCGAGCAUUUCGUUUAUCGGCUGAGAAAUGAGAACACGGCGGGGUUCCUGUUUGCUCAGAGCCACCCCAGGGCUGCAGGAAGAGGGAUGCAGGAGCCACCAUCGGAUGCAGCCCAGUUGCCCAAGUACAUUGAGGUGUAUGUAGUUCUGGACAAGGCUCUGCACAACUAUUUGGGCUCAGACCAGAACGCUGUGACGCAGAAGAUGAUCCAGGUUUUCAAUUUAGCGAACAGUAUCUUUAAUCCCCUGAAUGUGACCGUGGUGCCGUCCUCCCUGGAGCUCUGGAUGCAGCAGAACAAAAUCUCAACGGAUGGGGCAGCAGAUGAGCUUCUGCAGCGGUUCCUGCAGUGGAAGCAGUCGCACCUGGCUCUGCGGCCACACGACGUUGCCUGUCUGUUUGUGUACCGGGACCAGGCUGACUUCACAGUGGCAACAUCUCCAGGCACGCUGUGCCACAGAGAUGCAUCUGGUGCUGUGGCCGUGCUGCAGCGCGCCGUGACUCUGGAAUCGUUCUCCGUCGUCCUGGCGCAGCUGCUGGGGCGCAGCCUGGGCAUGGGGUUUGAUGAUGGCCGGGGCUGCCGCUGCCCCACACACACCUGUGUCAUGGAAUGGAGAGCACUACACAUCAGUGGGACAAAGGCCUUCAGCAGCUGCAGCACUGCAGACCUGGAGCAGUUCCUGAGGCGCGAUGCAGGGCGCUGCCUCCUGCACAGCCCUCAACUGCGGGGUUCCUCCCCACGCCGUGCGCCCAUCUGCGGUAACGGCGUGGUGGAGCAAGGCGAGCAAUGCGACUGCGGCGGCACCGAGGCAUGCUUGAAGGAUAAAUGCUGCACUAAAGGAUGCGUGUUUAAGCCAGGAGUGAAAUGUUCCUCUGGGUUAUGCUGUGAAGAAUGUCAGUUCAAAGCUCCCAACACUCCGUGCCGUCCCUCCGCCGACGCUCAGUGCGAUCUGCCCGAGUUCUGCAACGGCUCCUCUGCCUCCUGCCCCCCUGAUGUCUACGUGCAGGACGGGCACAGCUGUGAGCACAGCACAGGCUACUGCUACCACGGGCGCUGCCAGUCUGCUGAGCUGCAGUGCCAGCGGCUCUAUGGGAGAGGUUCGAGGAGCGCUCCCGUGGUGUGCUAUGAGGAACUGAACAGCCAGAGGGACAGAUUUGGACACUGCGGGUACCACCCCCGGCACGGCUACAGGGCCUGUGCAUGGAGGAACCUUCGCUGUGGCAAACUGAUCUGCACCUACCCACACAGCGCCCCGCUGGAGACUGACGGCGCUGCAGUUGUUUAUGCCCGGGUUCGGGAGCAGCUGUGUGUAUCUCUGGAUUUCCUGAAUGCAUCACCAAGGCAAGAUCCCCUGCUGGUCCCACCGGGCACAAAAUGCGGCUCUGAAAUGGUGUGCAUAAACAACACGUGCCACCCUCACUCCGUGCUGGGCUACGACUGCAGCAGUGAAAUCCAAUGCCACGGCCACGGAGUGUGCAAUAACCACCGGCACUGCCACUGCUAUCCAGGAUGGAAACCUCCCGACUGCCGUCAGCGUGGGUCGCGCCUCGGGGGCAGCGUGGACAGCGGUGUGCAGCUGCUGCGCAACAGGCCCCACCAGCACCGGACGCAGCGGAACGCGGCGAGGAAGGCAGGGUUACUGGCCGCCUGCUUGCUGCUGCCCGCUGUGCCCGUGGUUGUGCUGCUGCUGCUGCUGCGCCGGGAGCUGCGGAUCCGUCAGAUGAGGAGCGGAGAGCGCAUCGCCGAGGAGCGCAACGAGGACGCGGAGGAGGAGCAGGAGGAGGAGAAGGAAGAGGAUGAAGCGGAGGGGAACGCGGCGGAGAGCAGCGGGAGCGAAUAAAG